AUGAUCGCGACUGCUGUUUCAUCUCACACGCAGCCAUCUUUCAACAAACAACUGAUCAACAAUAAGAUGCAUUCAAACUCCGGUGCGGCGAUGAGCAAUUCCGAGCUCGGUUCGGUCGAUCGGUUAACGCUGUCGUCGUCGUCGGUACACGCGCCCUUUCCUGCUUCGUCCGGUACAGUCCUACCUCCUCCCUCCGUCUGUCAAACAGUCACACCAUCAAUCGACAGUGAUUCAACUGUGCUCUUAUUCACCGCUCUCGUAGAAGUCCAGGAUAAAUUUGGACAAUUCCAACUUGCACGUGCACUGCUGGACAGUGGAUUCCAGUCAAGUUUUUUUUCUGAAUCGUUAUGCCAGCAACUGGGUUUAAAGCGUAAAAAGGUUAAUAUACCGGUCAGCGGCAUUGGACAAGCUCUAGCGAAUGUGCGUUAUGUAGUGACAGUUCAAUUAGCCUCUCGUGUGGGACCCAGUGAGUACUGUGUCGAAUGCUUAGUACUGCCAAAACUGACUAGUAGUCUACCAACAAGAAGCAUCGACAUUAGAGCUUGGAAAAUUCUUCAACAUCUACCGCUUGCUGAUCCACAGUUUCAUCUCAGCCAGGGCAUUGACCUUAUUAUUGGUGCAGAGCUAUUCUCUUGUCUCUUGCAAGCUGAGCAAAUAUCAUUCGAUGAUAAACUUCCCGUGCUUCAGAAGACAAGUCUCGGAUAUACCGUCGCCGGUAAAGUUCCUUCCAACUUCAUUGCUCAUCCCGUAGCAUGCCAUGUGUCUACUCUCGACAGUCUAGAUGCACAAAUUAAAAGGUUCUGGGAAGUAGAGGACUUCGAUCGAGGCAAGUCUUACACAUUAGAAGAGCAGCAAUGCGAAACUCACUUUGUCAACACUCACAGACGAACUGCUGAAGGACGUUAUAUAGUGCGCCUUCCCGUUCGUCAAGAAAAGCUUCCACUCAUCGGAGAAACAUGGUCAAUAGCCGCACGACGAUUUACUGCUCUGGAGAGACGAUUUCAAUCCGACGAGGCUCUUCGCUCAGAUUAUGUGCAAUUCAUGGAAGAGUAUAAGCAAGUUGGUCAUAUGGAGGAGGUAUCGGAUCGCGUCGCGUUGCCCCAGAAUUUCUUACCCCAUCACGCUAUCCAUCGUCCCGAUUCCACAACAACUAAAACUCGAGUCGUCUUCGACGGAUCUGUCAAAAGUAGCAAUAAUCUGUCGCUCAAUGAUCUGCUUCUGACAGGGCCAACAGUGCAACCCACUCUUCUCUCUAUUGUUCUCAACUUUAAUAUUUGCAUCGCUACGUCAUGA